AUGGACUGCGAAUCCACCGUAUCCCUGGAGGGCUCGUGUGCUGACAGGAGCUCCGGAUCUUGUGUUUUCCGGUCCGAGUCGCGUGGCCUCGCGCCUGAGAGUGCAGGCGCCGUCUCUGCGUGCGGACGGCACCGUGGCUUCGACGCUGAGGUGAGGACUCGGCGGCAGGCGCCAAGCCGCUUCGUCUGCGAGACAAGUGCGACGCAGGAGCGAUCGCCCGGACGCGAAGAUGGUCGCGUGGAGACCAAGAACAACAACAUAGCUUUGCCCAACACCGGCUGUGCCUCUGAAGCCGCAACGGAGCAUCGGUGGGCGAAAGGCACGGCCGUCAACUCCCAGCAACAGGCGGGGGAAGUGCGCGGAGAUGCGAUGUCUCGUUCUCCAGCUCCGCAGAGCACGGAGGGAGCUGCGCGGGUUGAGCCUGAAGGGGAGCGCGGCGGCCUCGUCGUGACCACUCCCAGGCUGGCAGAAGGCGGGGGCUGCAUGAUGAGGCGGUGCCCGUCGGCCCCCGGUGCGAUGUCGAGUCUCGAACAAAACAGACUGCUCGAGCAGCAAAGGCUUCAAGUCCAAGUUCUCCAUCUGCAAAGGAAAGUCAUUCUCCAGGAGCAGAUGCUGCUCCAGCAGCAACAAGUGCACUACUCGUGUGGUGGAGGCCGAGAUCUGGGAAGUGCGGGUCGGGUCGACUUGGAUGCAGCGGCCUCAGCGCAUCCGUCGUACACCCGAGCAGGAAAAGACGACAGCGGAAAAUCCAGGAGAGGACGCAACGAGUCAAAAGGAGGAGGCCGGAACUAUUGCCUCACUGACAAUCCCUACAGAGCUGGGAAGAGUGGAGGCCCGCCGGUGACAGACUCGGGACACGUCGCUGGGGUGGAUGCGUCGAAUCGUGUCAGGACGGUUUCGGACACCCGACCCAAACAUGAGAAACGCCACGUGAAGGCGCGCAGUGGAAGCGCCGGAGAGGCCGAACUGCGUGAGUACGCGGGCGGGCAGAGGCAAUCAGGACGACGAGCUGGCGACGAAGGCUACCAGAAAGAUAUCUCAACUGGGCCCUCAGACGUUUCAGUAGGCGAUCGUCCGGCGAGCAGUCCCGGGUCGGCCGGCUUCUCCGCACAGGAGUUCGGAGCGAGCAAUGGUGGUAGGUGCGCCAAGGAUGUGAUUUACGUGUGUGAGGAGCCGCUGCGAGACCUUGAGGACGGCGUAGAAGGCAUUGCGGCGCCUAGUGCGGCAAGGCCUUUAGGACAGGGGGGACGCGUGGGAAAUCGAUGCCGAGCGCAGAGCGACUUCACUGAUGGCACGUUUAAGAAAAAGGGUGGACGGAUGGAGGACCAGUUUUUCAGAAUCAAGCUCUGCCCUAAGUAUAUGCGCGGUUUAUGCCGCAAAGGAGCGCGCUGCUCCUACGCCCAUGCUCAGGAGGAGCUCCGCGAUGUGCCAAACCUAUGGAAGACGAAACUGUGCACGGCUUACCGUCUUGGGAAGCCGUGUUCGCUCGAAGCAAGCUGCCCGUAUGCGCAUGGUGAGGAGGAGCUCCGAUCUACUGCAGACUACUACAAGACGAAAUUGUGCAAAUUCUGGAUGCGAGAAGGACGGUGUGAUGCGGGGAAAGCUUGCCGACAUGCGCACGGCGACCAGGAGCUUCGCAAAAGAAACUACCGUCACACGGAGUUGGAGAAGUUCGCUCUCCGGCACCACUUGGAUAUGCGACAGCUGUUAGAUGAGUUCCGCACUGGGCGUGUCCCGGCGGCCAUCCAGGAGCUCGUGUGCACCAGCGGCUCUUCAGGGACGUCAUCAGGCGGGGGACGAGGCCAUGUUGCGGCGUCUCCGUCGAGCGCUCCCAUGCAGUCAGCUGCGUAUGCAGCAGGUGCGGACGAGGGAACUAUGGGGCGUCCACGAUUCUUCUCCUUUACGGCCUCGUGUGUCGAGCGGAAACCGCGAAGCAUCUCUGGGGAGAGCAUCACUGUAGCCAGUACGGCUGCUACGGGCAGGGGUGCUGCGGAAGAGCUCAGUUGCUCCUCCGAUGCAGCUGCGGUAGGAGCCAGAGAGAUGACCGCGAAUGGCAGCACCUGGGGUGCCCCAGGGCCAGCGUACUCCUCAAUCAAGCAACAGAAGGGAUCGACGUGUUCAGGAUGUGCUGCUAACGGUGCGGCGGUCUCAGCAGUGGGGUCUGGCGGAGAGGCGCCGGACUGUGAACGCCGCGGGGGCAAUCGGGGGGGCGUCCACAGUUUCUCUGCGCCAGGACAUGGACACCACGGAGGAACAGGGCGAGGAGGGCGCCAGCGCCACGGGCAGCAUUUCCGCAAUCGGUUCGACAACCAGCCCUCCCAGCAGCAUCUGCAGCAGCCUCAUGCGAUGCCAAACGUAGCAGAUGGCCUCAAAGGGCCACCCAUGGGUGUGCCGGUCUUAGCCGCCGCUGCACCCAAGAGCCCUUCGUACGGCAUUCCGCCAAGCAUGGGACCUUACGGCUCUAUUGCGUGCCACCAGCAGGCAGCGUAUCCGUACGCCUUAAACAACUACGCUGCAAAUCUAGCGGCAUGCGGCGGCAUCCACGCUGCGGCAGCAGCAGUUGCUGCGGCGGCAGUGGCCCAGCAGCAACAGCAGCUGGAAGCGGCUGCGAAGGCUGCGGGCACCCCGUUGUACCAGGGCGUCAGUCCGUACCUCGGUGCCCCGUAUAGUUCGGCCUACGCAGGGGGAAUUCCGUACUCGGGUCCCGUGGCUGCGGCGCCGUACGCGGCCGCUGCGCCUAGCUCGUCUGGGACGCCAGCCUGCACGCCUGCCCCUUUCACUCCCCCGGCUUCAGGGCCGUACUCCCCUCCAGCUGGUCCCUUUUCUGCUGGAACACCGACCACCGCCGGGGCGACGCCUUCUCCACAGACCUCUUUCAGUGGACCCGGCGCGGUCCCCUUCUCACCGUCUUGCGCGAGUACUAGCCCGCGGGUGUCUCCUGGGAGGGAAGCAGCGACUUCGUUGGCUGUGCUGCACGCCGCAUCAGCAGCGACUUCGCCGUAUUUGGCCAGUACCCCAGCGCCUGAUAUGGCUGCGGGGAGCGCUAGUGGUUCAGCGGAUAUUGUGAGCUUCGCUUCCACGGCGCAGCAGGAGUAUUUACAGGGACCCUUGAUAGGAGCGCCGAGCAGCGCUGUCUUCGCACUCCCGGGUUCUGUUAUGAACGCUAACAGAGAGACCCCGGGGACUUGCCAUGGGGAAGCAGCCACUGCUGGCGGUGGCGCUGAUUCAGGGGCUGAGGGCAGCGACUGGAACAACCCGUCCUGCGCCGAAGUUACCGAGGGACUUCAGCUGGCAGGCACCUUGGAUGGGUCGCCACUUAGACCACCCAUAUCAGCGACGGGCUUGCCAGUUGCAUCCUCCAAUUGCACUACCGGGGGAGAAAGGCCGGGUUCGCCCGAGCACCAGGGAGUGGCUGUGUGUGCCGUUCCAAAUAUGACAGCAGGAACGUCGUUUUGCCAGUACGGCGGUGCGCCUGCUACCGCCCUCGGGGGUCUCCCGGGGGGGGCAUCGCCCGCCGUGUCCCCCUGCUACGUGCCGGCGUCAACUUACUCCGUGUAUCCGGCCGCGGCGUCACACGCAGUCCCCGUUGUGGGUGUGCCGCUAAACGAAACUGAGAGUGUUGCAGGAAGAGACACCGGUGUCGCGGGCAUGUAA